UGUUUUAAAUAAACAACAUCUGAAGCAAAUCUAGGUUAAAAUCAGAUCAGUGAGCGUGCUUUGAACAACACAGUUAUUGAUAUUUUUCUAACAAUAUUGCAGAGAAAAUCGUUAUAUAAGAAAGAGUACCGAUCAUUUAGGUCGGGUAUGCACGGGGAACAAAGCCUCUUCACACUACUGACGACAAAAUCUAUACGUCCUAGCGGAUACACAUUAUGCACACGAAAUGACUCGACGAAAGCUGAGAGAAACUGCAGGUUGAGUGAAGUUUUUUUCAUUAGCAAAGUAGUGUCAUUGCGUGGCGUUCGGAGGGCCAUUUUGGUUGUAAUGGAGUGAAAAUGAUUGUCCAGAAUUUGAUAUAAAUUUGUGUUAAUGACAUUCUGACGCGCAGUGUAAAAUCGAGGCGAUGACAACCGACGGAUCGUCAGAAUAGCUAGGAGACAGGUGCGAGUGGCGAGAUUAUGUAGGAAAAUCUAUUGUCUUUGUGGAACACUAUAACGUCAUGUGAUUUCAACGGUUUAUCGAACUUAAGCACUCACUGCAACUGUAUACUGAGUAGAUGUAAAACUCUCGUGCACCUGGGCGGGUUGACAAAGCGCGCGAACUGCUAGCGUGCAGAUUGGACAUUUACUUUAAAACAUUUGUAAAUAGGAAAUAGGCGCUAUAUGUAUUAUUAAUGGAAUUGUAUAUUGGGCAAGCGCACGGAGGAAAAAUAACCGACGUUAAAAUAUACACCUAUUCUUUCACAUCGAUCGAAAGGCUGCUGGAUUUAGCAUAAAUUAAAUGAUUGAAGGGGUCGCUACUCUUAAUAGAGGAUAUGUGACAAAAUAAGAAUUUUAGAAAAUUCACCGAGUAAUAUCAAGACUUCAAAAAGGAGUGCUGUGAAAUGGUGUAACGUUUAGAUGGAAGUGUCCUCAAAUUAACGUUAUGAACGUCAAAUACUCCAGAGCGCUACCACUGUCAUAUUAAAAAUCCUGUUUUAUAAUUGAUGGAUGUAAUUCAUAAUUUGCGAUGAUAUAGAGGAAAAAAUUUACCAGUAAUUACAAUCGCCUAAAGCAAAAUCAGGUCGUGGUCAUGCAGAAAGGCAUCCGAUUCAACGAAACCCAACUGCAGUAUUUGGCAGCCAAAUCCCGCCGAGAAAAUACCAUUUCCGGCUACCUGCACAAGCGCAGCAGCGACACCGGGAAAUGGCAACUUCGCUAUUUUGUAUUGUAUCAAAACCUACUUUUUCACUUCGAAAGUGAAUCUGCUCAAAAACUUUCUGGAGCAACCCUUCUGGAAGGUAGUUACUGUGAAAGGGUACUAAAUCCUGCCGCAUUAAAAGCCGUCAAAGACACCGAAAAACAGUAUUGCUUUACGAUUACAUACAAGAGCCAAAAAAAUGAGAUCACACGACAGAUUGAUUUCCGGACGGACACGGAGGUGGAAUGUAAUGCAUGGAUUGACCAUGUCAAGCGUGCCCCGUAUAGUAAAGUACUGGAGCAAAGAGAGGAACUGGAGCAGAAGCAUCUUCAUCUGCUGCAGAUUUUGGACAGUGAGAGACAAGCCAAGUGGCACUAUGUCCAGCAGACUGAGGAGUUGGCCACAUCAGUCAAGGAGCUGAGGACAGAGCUACAGAAGUACAAGAAAGAGAGAGUGUCCACCAAUAAAGUAGAGGAGGAGACUGACGAAAUCAAGAAAAUCAAAAAGGUUCAAAGUUUUUUCCGUGGUUGGUUGUGUCGGAGACGGUGGAAACAGAUUGUGGAGUUGUAUAUUCGAUCUCCCCACGCUGAGAGUAUGAGGAAGAGGAACAGCAUCGUGUUCAGUAUGGUGGAGUGUGAGGAGGAGUACAACAGACAGCUGUCCACCCUCGUCACCUGCUUCCUCCACCCUCUCAGAAUGGCUGCCUCAUCCAAAAAACCACCAAUCACCCACGAAGAUGUCAACUCCAUUUUCUUAAACAGUGAAACCCUGCUCUUUUUACAUCAAAUUUUCCUGAAGGGAUUAUGUGCCCGACUGGAAAAUUGGCCAACCCUUGUUCUAGGUGACUUGUUUGACAUGCUCCUGCCAAUGUUGUGUAUUUACCAGGAAUACGUUAGAAAUCAUCAUUACAGUCUGCAGGUCCUAGCAGAAUAUAAACAACGACCAGAAUUCAACGCUCUCCUGAAACGAUACGAAGAAAAACCAAUGUGUGAAACCAGAACCCUAGAAAUAUUUCUCACCUACCCUAUGCAUCAGAUUCCUCGAUACAUCAUCACCCUCCAUGAGUUACUGGCCCACACCCCUCACGAUCACGUCGAACGGAAGAGUUUAGAGUUUGCUAAGAGUAAGCUGGAAGAAUUGUCUAGGAUUAUGCAUGAUGAAGUCAGUGAAACAGAGAACAUCAGAAAGAAUCUAUCCAUUGAGCGAAUGAUCAUUGAGGGUUGUGACAUUUUACUGGAUGUUAACCAGACAUUUGUCAGACAAGGUCCCCUUAUUCAAGUCUUUAAUGAGAAGAGUAAGUCCAGUUUGUGGCCCAUCAAAGAUCGGAAGGAGAAGGAGGUGAUAUGUCAGGUUUUCCUCUUCACCAAUCAUAUGCUUCUGACAACCCGAGCAUCAAACGGCCGGCUACAUCUCGCCAAACACUAUGGGAAGAUCCCCCUAAUUGAUUGUACACUGAUAGAGGAUCCUGGAGCAGAACCCUUUAUAAAUGACCCAGACACAUCUUCGGUAGAUUCCAUAGACAGCAUCCGAAGUACCAGUUCCUUAAACACCCUCAUCCAGCCCGGGGAGAAGGAGACGCGCACAGAUUACAAUGGACUAGACUUUAAAAUUAUAGUGGAUACCAAGAGUGGAAACAGGACAUCCAUAACUUUAGUGGCAGCCACUCGCCAGGAAAAACUGGCGUGGUGCUCCGACAUCAGUCAGUGUAUAGAAGACCUGCACUACAGUGAUCUCCUGAAUACCUCAAUGAGUGAAUCAUCCUCCGUCACCAUGCCUCAAUCUGUCAGAUACAUCCACAGUACUCAGAUAUGGUCAGAUCGUAGACUGUUUUCGGAUGAUGUGGAUAUAAAGUUCAGCAGGACCCUUAACUCCUGUAAAGUUCCGCAGAUUCGACAUGCCAGUGUAGAGCGUAUUUUGGACCGCCUGACUGAUCUGCGGUUUCUAAGUAUCGACUUCCUGAACACGUUUCUCCUGACCUACCGCGUGUUUACGGAUGGUAAGACAGUACUCGAGGCAUUGAAGCGAGUUUACAAGAAUCCUGAGAGCGGCAAUCUAGAGACUUCCCUCACUUCUUGUCAAUCGCAGUCGGAGACAAAUUUGUACGGCGAGGGAAGCCCACCACAGGAUAUAUCUGGGGAGCUUCCUAAGAACCUCAGUAACCUAGUGAAGCCACUACCCGAGAGCCGCAGGAUCAGCACGGGAUGUAUGUCUGUGUACGAGACCAGACUCCCCAAGUUAACUCAAGAAUCAUUUGCUGAAUCAGAGGAGGAGUCAUCGGGGGACACAGGGGAGAGUGACGACGCCCCUGAUACCUCUACCCUAGUCAUCCCGGGGGCGCAGACCCUGGCCCCUCUGGCUAUCUCUGAAAACUUAACAGAACAUGACGUGAAAGGAAUAAUCUUACCAGACUCUCUGCAGGGAGAGUCUUCAGCAGAUAAUUUUGAUGAGCUGUAUAAACCGAAAACUACAAUACCCCCACUAACCACGUCUUCUGGAUCCACAAGCUCCUAUACACUGAAAUCUACAGCCAGCUCUGAUACCCUGACCCCAGGGACAAGUCCUAAACCGUCACCUAGGGUAAGCCCCAGGGUGAUGGUCAAUGACCAAUCGUGUCAGACCAAUGGGGUGAGAACACCAAGCCCUCGACCAAGCUCUAAGAUUGGAUUCUCAGGAGAGUCUUUAUUGGAAUCAUUGGCCCAGAUUGUAUCUCCAACAUCUCCUAAAAAAAUGUCCUCCAAACCGAUCCGGAUCCCAUCUCCCUCUUCCAGGAGUGGCCCUACCUCUCCAACGUUUAAUCCCCCCUCACCUCUCCACGGUCGUACUUCUCCACUGCUGCGACACACGCCCAGGUCCCCAAGUCUCAGCCCCAAGCACCCACGACGCACACCAUCCCCCAUCAGUCCCAGUAUGUCAUCCCCAAACAUCAUGACGUCGCACAAAGUCAAGCAGCCAUUCCUGGGAACGCGGGGGAGCCUGGAAGCGGAGUCCCUCAUUACAAACACCCGCAGCUGUAGCCUGGUGUCCCAGAUUGAGGGAUCCCCACCCUCAGCUAAAGCGGGUGUGGUGGUCAGCUCUCAUCGCAAGUCCAAGAGAAGGUCCAGUUCUUCAGCAGCAGUGGCAGCCUUUGCUGCAGCAACUGCAGGGUCCGUCAAUUCACAGGACCAGCAACAGGUCACCACGGCAACGGGCGGACAGCAGACAACUCAGCAGAAACAAACGCAGUCCUCCCCUCGCUUCCUAACCUCAGAAUCCAAAUUUGGGAUUUCAACAAAGGAGAACUUUGACACCUUAUCAGCCAUGGACAUUGCUGAACAGCUAACUUAUUUGGACCAUAAGAUUUUCAUGAUCAGCAAAAGUGCCUCUUUACUGAGUCAAGCCUGGAUGAAGGCAGAGAAAUCAACCAAAGCCCCUCAUGUUCUGUUGGUGAGCAAGCGAUUUAAUGAAGUCAGUCGAUUGGUGGUAUCGGAAAUCGUGAGACGAUCCGUGCAACAGGAGCGGGUAGCAUGUAUAGAGAAAUGGGCGGCCAUUGCUGAUAUCUGUCGCUGCAUGAACAACUACAACGGAGUCCUGCAGAUAUGUGCCGCUUUUGUCAACAGCUCUGUGUAUCGACUAAAGAAGACCUGGGAGAAAAUCCCCAAAUCUACAAAGCAAACCAUAGAAAAGCUGCAAGAUUUAGUGUCUUCCAAUGGAAGAUUUAAAAACAUGAGGGAUGCAUUGCACAGGUGUGAUCCCCCCUGCAUCCCCUACCUGGGCAUGUACCUGACCGACCUGUCAAUCAUAGAGGAAGGUAUACCGGGAAAUACAGACGAAGGACUCGUCAACUUCUCCAAAAUGAGAACGAUAGCUCAUGUGAUUAGGGAGAUACGUCUUUUUCAACAAACACCUUACAAAAUAGAACAUAUUCCUAGAGUAACCAACUACCUGCUGGACACAAACCGUCUCCUUGACGACGACCAAACGUAUCGAGCUUCCCUAGAAAUAGAACCCAAGCAAUCUCGUUUGUCCAAUGUCUCCCUCAAUCCAUCAUGACCGAGAGGCAUUAUGGGAGCUCCUAUUGGAAAGAGCCAGUCAGCGUAAGGCUUUUUUCAGGGAACCACAAGUCCCUCUCAACGAUCCAUUCCAAACUCUCAAUACUGUGGUUAUCAAAGCAUUUCUAUGUGCUGGAGAAAACAUCGAAGACUGGACAUACUAGCUGUUGUUGAUUUAGAAAGUUUAUAGAUAAAAGCGUUUCAGAACGCAUUUUGAUUGUUGAAUUAAGCUGUGCUUUCACAUCCAGAAAAGUAUAUUAAAAUAUUAUUAUCUUCUGUAAGUGAAAAAAACCGGUGAUUUUCCAUUAAAGAUUGCAAUACCACAUUACAGGAAAAUUCCACAAAUUAACCUGAGUGCAUCAUGGGUACUUUUUCUCCCACAAUGACAAAACCGGACCAUUCAAUCUGUGAUCAGCUUAAAAAUCUAUAACCAUAAGAAUUCAUCAGAAAGCAGAAAAAAAGUUGAUAAACAUGGCUUUAGAAAUGAUAAAAUUUGAGUGGGAAGUGAACUGGUGUGGUGGAUGUGUUACAAGCAGUGAUCUCAUUUGAAUAUUUAUUUGGUGCCAUGGUGAUGAGGCAUUGUUUACGUCUCGUUUGUUUCUCAGUUGUGUAUAUAUAACCAGUUGUUGUGAUGUUGGUAUAGUCACACUUAAUAUUCUGUUUAUAUAUAGAUUCAUUUUGUAAUUUUUACAUUAAGACCUUACAGGCAGAGAUGUAUUAACUACUUUGUUUUCAACCAAGUUUAACAAUUUUUUUAUUUGCAUUUUUUAUGGAAAUAUGGAUGAUAUUCAAUAAGACCAUGAUUCAGAAGUAGAUUGUAAAAGAGGACAUCAGGUCUUCUGAACUUUUAUCUGCAAGUUAGUGAAUUUGUACAAGUACAGUUUAACUGAAGCAAAGUAUUAGGGUAUUUGCCAGGGACCAGAAUUUUUUUAUCAACAUAUCAAUUUGAAGGCUGUUUCUGGACUAUAAAUUUUAUUUAGGCCAUCUUUGAAAUAUUUUAUGUUUGUUUGCCCUCUCCUUACUAGCUGGUUAAAAACGCCCUGUCCCAAAACUGUUUUUAUAAACCUCCAGGAAAUUAUAUUUUUUCCUGUUUCCCUAGUUUUCUCAUCCUGUCAAUGUGUAAUUAUGUAUGCUAAUAUUUUCUAUGAUAAAACUGUUCCCAUCUAGCAACUGACUUAAUUUUUUAACCCUGAGUUUGGAGAAGGCAAACAAACAGUAUAAUUAUUUAAAAGAGGGCAUUACUGAUUUCAAAUGAAUCUCAAAAUGUUACAUUCCACUGUUACACCUAACUUAAUUCCUCUAUCGCACUAACUACAUCAAUUCCUCUAUUAACCAACAAUUUCAUAAAAUUUAUUUUAGGCUGUUAUGAUAUUAACAAUAUUGUAAUGUUGAUUAUUAAGUUUUGAUUGAAAUUCUCAUUGAACCCAUAUAAACAUGAAGUAGUAAGGCAUAACUACUGUGAACACAGCCACAACAGAAUCGGAUUGGUUCU